UUCUUAAUGGAUAGUUUUGCUAUAGAUGGAGCUUCAAGGUACGUGCAAUGAAAGGGUCAAGUUUAAGACUUCUCUAAACCUCUGCUCUCCGUCACCCUUAAUGGCCUUCCUGGUGUUAGAGAUUUGUUUAAUGAUCAAUAGAGGUUCCUAUUCCUACCACUGAGUCUUCCAGAAAGCAGCAUAACCAAGUCAAUGUUUAACUGGAUUCUCUCAGUCUGACGGCAAAGUGGGAGUUGAAGGGAAGUCUCCAUGGAAACCAGCCUCCCAGGAAGUGGCCAGAGGGGCUAGUGUGUGGUGAAGCAGACCCACAAAGAUGUCAGGAAGGAAACAACUGCUUUGUAAAGCAGGGGUAGGUAAACUUUUGAAAUACUUUGAUUAAAACAACCUACACUGAAGGCCGCACACCACUUCCCUCUUGGUCUUUCAUGUAAAAUGGGCCUGAGCCCCUCCAAGGCUCACCCCAGAGUGACCAAAGUAGCCCCUAUGCAAAACAAAGAAGAAGAAACGCUUUCGACUGCACCUGUGGGCUUGGCAUUCCAUCAGAACCUGAACGAGAAGAGUGCACAUUCCUUGGGGAGACAGCAGGACCAGAACCCAGCUUUGGAUGGGCAGCUGCCACCGCUGCGAGAGACCUGGUAUGGGAGGUACUCUGCAGUGCCCAGGGCCCUGUAUUUUGACAUCCCACUGGAACGGACAGAAACAAGUAUUAUUAAAAGGCAUCCACCCCGAAGACUUCAAAAGCUUGAACCCAUUGACCUGCCACAAGUAAUUACUUCUGAAAGGAUCCUGAACCAGCAAGAAGCCAGGACAACUCACAAAGCCAAGCAGGGAUUGGAAAAAAAGAUGCAAAUUCCAAUGUAUACUUCUGGGAAAAGACAAUAUUUACAUAAGAUGCAAAUGCUGGAAAUGAACCGUAAAAGACAAGAGACCCAAGCGGAGUUGGAGAAAAGUCUGCACAGGGAGGCAAGGAUUCAUAAGGAGAGACUGAGGGAACAUAAAGCCAAGAAAACCCUUCACAGCAUCCCAAGAAAUGAGGGCGGUGACUUUCUAACCUUGUUGCCCGAUGAAACCUUCAACCCAAGUGCAGGAAAUCCACAGGAUGCAGAAUUUUUAGAGCAUCAAGCAGGGAGUGAUGACUGUCCCCGGAAAAUUGGUAAAAUGGAGACGCAGCCCCUCGAACAAGAGGCCCAGGCCCAGCUUCUCUGGGACAGUUCCAGCUCUGACUCAGAGGAGCUGGGGACUGUCAGGAAGAAACCACAAGCCCUGGUGAGGACCAGGACAGAGAGAAUCGCAGUUUUUGAUGAGUUUUUUGAUCGAGAAUAAGAAUGCUCUUCACUAAUCAAGAUACUCAGUGCACUGAAUGCUUACUGUCCUAUAACAACUCUUCAAAUUAGUAGAUGAAUUAUUCUGAGGAAACCAAUUCACUUUCUUUUUAUCUGGAGCCUUAUCAUUAAGACGUGUGACAUAUUUUGUUAAUUGUGCUGCAUAGCUAACUGCCUCAAAACUUAGGGGCUUAAACACCAGCCAUGUAUUGUUUCA